GAGCUAGCCCCUGUUACAUUUCUAGCAUGACAAUUACUUUGAACCAGUUAGCUGUCAAAGAGGCUCGCGAAACAGCACUAUAGACUAUCGAAAGAAUUAUCCGGAUGACGAACCAUCCAUGAGAACGAAGGGAGGGAAAAUCCAAUCCCUUUUUCGAAAAAAGACCCAUCGCAUCGGUCGGAGAUAUUGCCCUUCGAGUCUAACAUCUUGCAGGCCCACGUUCCGCUUGGAGAAAAUUGGAUGUAUCAUCUCGAUCUGCUGUGUUUCCUGCCGAAGCAGCUUACUAUCACACCGUUAUGUUGGCUGUCUAUUGACAUCGUGGAAGGUGCAGCUUUUUCUUCCUUUUCUUUUCUUUUCUUUUCUGAUUCUGUCACAGACAAGGGGUAACUCUACUGUGUUCAGUGUGCAUGAAUCACAUUGCACACCCGCUCCUUUAUUGGCAAAAUUCAAAACCCUGGGGUAACCUUCCGCUCCCUUGAAUAUUGAACCUUGGGCCACAUCGGCUUUCAAACACUAGAAUCAUUCCUUGUUUACAUGGACCUA